AUGGAGCCCAAGGGGCCCACGAGCACCACGGGGGCGGUCGGCCAGCUGCGCGGCUGCGGUGGCUUGGCGGCUGUGGCGGCUACGAAUCUGAGCGAAGGAACAGUGGCCGACGGCUGCCGUCUGACGGAGAGCACUCGAGCGCAGUCGGCGAGUCCCGGGCCCGCGCGGCGCGUGCACUCGACACGCGUACAACUAACAGUAAGUAAAGAGAACGGAGGGCGCGCCCCGCUCGCGAGCCAGCGCGACGCGCCCUUGCUUACAAACAACAAUGCGAAU